CAGAUACUGCUACCAACCACCACCAAGCACAAAGCAACAGCUCCAAGGAGGGAGAGGCAGAGCAAUACAUCAACCAUGUCCAGCUUGCUUUAUUACGGCAUGAUGGGCCCGUUGGGUCUGGCAGAGGUGUGUCCAUCUGCCGUCGUCCUCUUUACAACCGCAGCCGUCGUGGUUCUGGUUCUGGUUCGAUUGCGGCGGCACCUGCAAACCAAGAAGCCUUUCUCCGGCAUCCCCAUGGCUCCCGAUAGCCAGUGGCUGUUUGGCCAUCUCCAUCUUUUGUUUGCUGCAGACAACAACUUUGAAGAAGCCAUGACUACAAUUCACAAGAGCACAAAUGAGUAUGGUGUCACGGGUCUUUGGGUUGGCCGGCAUCCCGUGCUUUCCGUCUCCAACGUCGACACGGCCCGAAUGAUUCUGCAGACAUCUUCGCAACGCCACCCACCGGCCGUCCUGAAGCGAUUCUUGGCGAAAUUUGUUGGAAACUGCAACAUUGUGACACUCAAUGGUGCCGAGUGGAAAUUCCACAGAAAUAUUGUGGCAAGCACAUUCAAUGAGACCUUUUUAAUGGACAGUCGCAGAAUCAUGAGGCAGGUUGCCGAGUCGAUGGUACAUGCCUUGUCGGCCAAGAUUCGUCGUUCCUCCCGAAGAACCACUUGCAUUGAUUUGGAAAACACCAUGAAAUUGGUGGCCAUGGAUAUAUUUGGUCUCAUUAGUCUGGGGACUGACUUGGGAAGCUGUCGACGUCUUACACCCACGCCUCUGGUAAAAGCAUUUGACUUUUUAAUGGAAGAACUCAUGGAUCGCGUCCGAUCGCCCUGGCGCCCUCGCCAUUUAUUCUACAUUAUUCCAACCACACAAAAUCGGCGUCAGCGGAGAGAGCGUCGUGUCAUUCGAUCCUUUGUCGCCGACCUACUCAAUGAGAAACGCGACAUUCUCAAAGAUGGAGACCGAGACUUGCUCUCCCAUCUCGUGCUAGCACAUUAUGCCAUGAUGAAUAAUGAAACUGAAAACAGCAGUAGACGACGACAACUCACACCUCGAGACGUCUCGGACGAGUCCAUUACUGACGUCCUCAUGACACUCUUGCUGGCAGGACAUCAUACCACCAGCGCCACCCUGACAUUUGCCUUGUACUUGAUGGCCAAGCAUCCGGAACUUCAACAGAUUUGUGUACAAGAGAUUCGGGCCGUGGCGUCCAUUGAUGAGAAUAUGGACCAGCUCGUGUAUUGUUCGGCUGUCAUUUGGGAGACACUGCGAUUGUUUCCUCCUGCCGUCAGGACGGGUCGAAGUUUGGAGCGACCGGUGCAGAUUGGAAACUUUGUGGCACCCACACUCACAAGGGUCCAAAUUCCGAUUUGGUCCAUUCAUCACGAUGAAGCUGUGUUCCCACAACCCGAAUGUUUCCGACCAGAUCGAUGGGCUAUACCUGACAAUAAUAAUAACACUGCUCGAUGGACGGAACGAACGGAAACGGACACUUCCCGCUCCAUUGCAGCAGGAAACCGAAAGGCCAUGCUCGCCUUUUCGACCGGAGCCAGAUCUUGUGUCGGGCAAAAGUUUGCGCUGCAAGAAGCUGUUAUUGUGCUGGCCACAUUGUUGAAGGAUUUGGAGUUUCAUCUUGUACCCGGCCAUCAAUUCAAGACCAGCACGAACCGGUUCCUUCUUCGGCCCGCCGAAUCUCUUCCUCUGGCUGUUUCGUUGAGACAACCGCAGCAACAACAAUGAUGAACACGGGUGGCCAGGGCAGUAGAUUUUUGAGUUUUUUAGUGGCAAUACACAAAUAUGUAGUAAUUUAUGAAAAGCUGUUUCUGCUG